AUGUCUGUCGCAGCGACACAUAAUCCAUUUCGGUUUCCCUUUCACGGAGGGCGCCGGAUUGGCCACCAUGGAUUGAUUCGUUCGGUGGCCGACGUGUAUUCUCUUUUUUGGCGGUUCACCGGCACUUUUAGCAACCCUCUUAUCCUUGAUUACAACAACACGGACCAUCCUGACAGCAUGUCGAGUGACGAAACGUAUCUUGAAGCAUUCAUUGAGACCUUAUCGACCCUGCCACACGAAGUGCGUCGGAAUAUGGACCUCAUUAAAGAUCUCGACAAAGCGAGCGGUGUCCGAGGGGAGACGUUGCGACAGCUACAGCAGCGGUACAUUCACCAGGCCGAAGACAAAAUGAUGCAGCUCGAACUGGUGGAGCGAGAGGACGGUACACAUGGCGUCCGAGUCAUCGACGGAACUGAAGUCAUCAUUCCAACAACCUACGAGUUGGUGGAGUACGUACAGAAUGCCGAAUUGGAACGACAAAUUCAGCAAGCGCAGGAGGAUUGUUUGCAAAAGGCCGACGAGAAGAUAGCCAUUGCCCAACAAGCGCUGGAUCGCAUUGAUGCUGUAUGUCAACGACUUGAUCACGACCUAGGGGCCAUGGAACUGCUAUUGCAAAACACGGGAGACUUUCAGACGCAAGAGACCAAAACUGCCAAACCCAACGAUUUGGCGGCAUGCCAAAUCACACCCGAAUCGGAAUGGAUCUUGGCCAAGGUCGUCACGUUCGACCCGCAAACAGGCGUGUACAAGCUCGCUGACGAAGACGUGGAAAGCAACAAACUUUUUACUUUGCCUGAAUCGCAAGUGAUUAUACUCUACGCGAUUGAAAAGUUGCGGGCGGGCGACAGCGUCUACGCCGUGUACCCCGACACGACCAGCUUUUAUCCCGCUACCGUCGUGCAGGCCCCUCGCAAAGCCAGUACACCUUUUGUGACGGUCAAUUUUGUGGACGAUUCCGACGAAUUCGGAGUCACGCAUGACAAGUUUGUCCCGUUGAAAUACACCAUGCCGCCACCCUACGGAUCGUAA